AUGAGAAACGCCCUAUGCAAAUACGAUACCUCCGCUUGUGUAAGUCCCCGGCCGAUCCUUGUGGGCGGGAGGCUGGACAUUCAAGUAUUUGGGACACGCUGGUAUACGUUGGCUAAUGACGUCAGUGAUGCUUGUGGUAGUUAUGAUGAUGACGUCAGUGAUGCUUAUGGUAGUUAUGAAGAUGACGUCAGUGAUGCUGGUGGUAGUUAUGAUGAUGACGUCAGUGAUGCUGGUGGUAGUUAUGAUGAUGACGUCACUGAUGAUGGUGGUAGUUAUGAUGAUGACGUCAGUGAUGCUGGUGGUAGUUAUGAUGAUGACGUCAGUGAUGCUGGUGGUAGUUAUGAUGAUGACGUCAGUGAUGCUGGUGGUAGUUAUGAUGAUGACGUCAGUGAUGCUGGUGGUAGUUAUGAUGAUGACGUCAGUGAUGCUGGUGGUAGUUAUGAUGAUGACGUCAGUGAUGCUGGUGGUAGUUAUGAUGAUGACGUCAGUGAUGCUGGUGGUAGUUAUGAUGAUGACGUCACUGAUGGUGGUGUGACCGGCUAUUUCCGGGGUGCCUAG